AUGGCACGCUCUUCGGCGAUUCCAAGCACGGCGAAAAAGCAGCAGAGCAUUGCCGGCUUCUUUCAGAAGCGGCCACCACCAUCGUCUGCAUCCAGCCCGCCUGUUGCAAGCGAUGGCAAUGGCAAUGUCAACAAGGAAAACGAGUCGCCAGGCGUCGUGUGCUCUAGUCCUUCACGUCAGGCGAAGAAGCACGUGAGCUACGCAGAAUCCGACGCCGAAGAGGAUGACGACGACCAGGACGCCUUCAAGCCACAAUCUCGAGGCAGCGUGCGUGCUGCUAAGCGUCGUCGGAUUAGCAUCAAGGACGACUCUGACGAGGAUGCUGAGACCGAGACUGCUGAGCCCGCAAUGGAGAAGGAGGAAGAUCCGUCGUAUUCGACUGCCCAGCAGUGGAGGUUUGAUCCUGAGGCGGCUCCUGCCACACGCAAAGCCCGUAAAUCGAAAGUGACAGGCUCCGAGCAAAAGCAGAAAGCAUCUGCGACUGAUGCGACUCUACGCCACACCUGGCUGGCGCAUCCGUUGGAUGCUGACCGGAAUCCACCAGAUCAUCCGGAUUACGACCCUCGUACGCUGUACAUCCCGCCAGCGCACAAGUUUUCUGCGUUUGAACAGCAGUACUGGGACAUCAAGUCCAAGUUCAUGGACACCAURGUUUUCUUCAAAAAGGGCAAAUUCUACGAACUCUACGAAAAUGACGCCACCAUUGGCCACCAACUGUUCGAUUUGAAGCUCACAGACCGAGUCAACAUGCGUAUGGUCGGUGUUCCUGAAGCCAGCCUCGACUUGUGGGCCAACCAAUUUGUUGCCAAGGGGUACAAAAUCGCACGUGUUGAUCAGAUGGAAUCCAAAUUGAGCAAGGACAUGCGCRAGCGAGAAGGAGGCGGAGGAAAAGAGGCCAAAAUCAUCCACAGAGAGCUUGCCUCGGUGCUCACUUCGGGAACUCUAGUCGAUGGAGGUAUGCUGCAGGACGACAUGGCUACAUACUGUGCUGCGAUCAAGGAGACCGAGCAUGAUGGCAAGCCGGCCUUUGGRAUCGCUUUCGUGGAUACCGCGACAGCACAGUUCCAGCUCUCGGAAUUUGUCGACGAUGUGGACAUGACGCGCUUCGAAACAUUCGUGGCUCAGACUCGGCCAGGUGAACUUUUGCUGGAAAAGGGCUGUCUCUCAGCCAAGGCACUCCGGAUCKUGAAGAACAACACCCCUGCGACUACCAUCUUCAAUUAUUUGAAGCCGGACAAGGAGUUCCUCAGCGCCGACAAGACUCGCAUGAAGAUCGAUGGCGAGCGUUACUUUGAUAAGUCAGCUGAGGAUGGCCUUGAGUCCUGGCCAGUGGUUUUACGAGAGGCAAAAGAAAAGGAGCUUGCAUUCCCUGCGCUCGGCGCACUAGUGUGGUACCUGAGCCUGCUCAAAAUUGAACGGGAUCUCCUCACGUGCGGCAAUUUUGCCUGGUACGACCCUAUCCGGAAGGCAUCGAGCCUCGUUUUGGACGGGCAAAGCCUGAUAAACCUCGAGAUUUUCGCCAACACGUUCGACGCCAGCACUGAUGGUACGCUAUUCUCAAUGCUCAAUCGCUGCAUCACGCCAUUCGGCAAGCGAAUGCUCAGGCAGUGGCUCUGCCAUCCAUUGGGCGAUGCAACCAAGAUCAACCAACGCUUCGAUGCCAUUGAUGCACUGAAUGCCGACGGUUCGGUCAUGGAGAGCUUCACUUCGUCUCUAUCGCGCCUGCCCGAUCUCGAGCGGCUGAUUUCUCGUGUUCAUGCUGGCCGUUGCAGACCACAGGACUUUGUGAAAGUUCUGGAUGGCUUUGAGCAGAUCGAUUACACGAUGUCGCUGCUCAAGUCGUUCAACACCGGCAACGGCCUUCUCAACCAGCUCAUCGACGCCAUGCCUGAUAUGAAGGAGGCGCUGGACCACUGGAAGGAUGCUUUUGAUCGUGGUAAAGCCAAAGAAGGACUUUUCGUGCCACAGCCGGGCGUCGAGGAGGAUUUCGACGAGAGUCAAGACCGGAUUGAUGACGUUCUUAAGGAACUGGAUGGACUGCUAAAUCGCACGCGGAAGAGCCUCGGCUCAAAUGCCAUCAAAUUCACGGACAAUGGCAAGGAAAUCUACCAACUGGAGGUGCCUAUCAAGGUGAAGAGCACCAUUCCUAAGAAUUGGAAGCAAAUGUCUGCCACGAAACAGUGCAAACGUUGGUAUUCGCCGGAGCUGGAGGAGCUGGUCCAGAAUUUGAAGGAAGCUCAAGAGAUGCACAACCAGGUGUUGAAAGCUCUCGCAGGACGGUUCUUUGCGCGAUUUGACACGGACUAUGCGACGUGGCUAGCUGCGGUGAAAAUUAUCGCGCAGCUAGAUUGUCUCAUAUCGUUGGCCAGGGUUUCAGCAUCUAUCGGGUCACCAUCCUGUCGCCCCGAAUUCGUAGAGGGUGAUGAUGCUCGCGGUGUCCUCGACUUCAAGACCCUCCGCCACCCUUGCAUUGAGACGACGACUAACUUCAUCCCCAAUGACAUUGCAUUGGGAGGCGACCAGCCAUCGAUCAAUCUUCUGACAGGCGCAAACGCUGCUGGGAAAUCAACCGUGCUACGCAUGACCUGCAUUGCCGUCAUUCUUGCCCAAGUGGGCUGCUAUGUCCCUUGCGAAUCGGCACGCAUGACGCCCGUGGACCGCAUCAUGUCUCGACUGGGAGCGCACGACAACAUUUUCGCGGGUCAAAGCACAUUCAUGGUCGAACUGAGCGAGACGAAGAAGAUUCUCGCCGAGGCCACGCCGCGCUCUCUCGUCAUCUUGGACGAGCUCGGUCGCGGGACAAGCAGCUACGAUGGCGUGGCCGUGGCACAGGCAGUCCUGCAUCACAUUGCCAGUCACAUCGGCUCGCUGGGAUACUUUGCAACCCACUAUCACUCGCUUGCCGCCGAGUUUCAGCAUCACCCAGAGGUCGCGGCGAAGCGCAUGGCUGUUCAGGUGCAGCAUGAUAUUCGUGAUGUCACUUUCCUCUAUCAAUUGGAGGACGGCGUGGCGGAGGGUAGUUACGGAAUGCAUUGCGCUGCCAUGUGCGGCAUUCCGGAGAAAGUGAUUGAUCGGGCCGAGGAGGCAGCCCAGAGCUGGGAGCACACUGGUCGUAUCAAGGAGUCGCUAGAAAAGGCCCAAGAGAGUAAUUGGCUGCCGCUGGGAUUGCUGAGUGAUGUUAGCUGGAUGUUGAAGGAUGGGGCAGUCGUUUCUGAGGCGAGCAUGGAAGUGCUGCGCAAGGCGAUCUCUGUGUUGUAA